AUGGCAGACCACAUACACAAUGACCUAUUAAUUGAAAUCCUGGCAAGACUACCCGUAGCAUCUCUGCUUCAAUUCAAAUCCGUUUGCAAAACAUGGUAUUCUCUCAUCACAAGCCCUAGUUUCGUCACCAAACACCUCGACCAAUCCAUUACAAACACCAAAAGAAACGGCAGCAAGAUUAUCGUUAGGGUUUACGGCACUUAUUGUACAAAAGAGCGAUAUCUAUUGCUCGAUGAUGAUGAUGACCAAUUCGGUGACGAGUAUUCGGAACUGGAGGUACCAUUUGAACUCCUAUUUGGGUGUUUUAGGAUAGUGGGUAGUUGCAAUGGGUUGCUAUGUGUACUUGAUUACUAUUUCAUUGCAAAAUGUCAGAUCAUUAUAUGGAACCCUUCGACUAGAAAGUCGGAGUAUAAGGUGAUUAGGCUCGAGUAUGAGUGGGUGGAAUGGGACCUAAAACUUCCUCCUAAAGUUGAAAUUUACACUCAAGGAACAAGAUUGUGGAGAGGCAUCAGUUCUGCUGCACCUUCAUAUGGCAUCUCUAUGCGGUGUCAGGCCUUUGUUGAUGGAGCUGUGCAUUGGGUUGCAUAUGAACCUUGUGUUGGGGGUGGUGUUCGAAAUUUGAUUAUGUUGUUCAAUAUGGCUUCUGAAUCAUUCUCUGAGUUUAAGCUACCACCAACUCUAGCAUAUCAACCUCCACCUUCGUUAUCCAUUAAGAAAUUGGGGCAAUCAAUGGCUGUGGUAUGUAGUGGACCAAGGGAUAGUAGUGGCUGCUGUAUUUGGUUGAUGAAAGAAUAUGGAGUUGCAGAAUCUUGGACUAAGCUAUUCAGUUCUAAUCUACUAGGAAGGCCGAACAGGACAUUGGGGUUCAGAAAAAAAGGCGAAGUUUUGCUCGCAACAGAUAAAUGUUUGGCUUCUUAUGCCCCCGGAACCAACACAUUGGCAACAACUGGAUUUAGGGGGAACUCACCCAUAUUUUAUAUUUAUCAAUUUAUGGAAACCCUUGUUUUAGUUUGA